ACGUUAUUUUUGUCUUCCCACAGAGCGGCGCGCUUUGAAUGAGCUCCGAGACAACCGGUGACAGAGAGGGGCGGGGUUACACCUUUCUGCGAGAAUCCUCCGUUCAAAAAUCUGCCAACGUCCACUUGGAAAAGCGUGCGGGCCUGUUUUGGUUUUCACAGCAACUCAAGAGACGACAGAAGAGGACUGAAACAUGCUCUCUGUAAACGCCUCACGAGUUUACGUCCGUUGAAGUUUCUCUCUCUGCUGAAGACUGAGACAGGCUGCAGUGAAAAAGUAGCUAAAGAGACUCUAGAGAACAGCGGGUUGUGCAGGUGGUUUGACCGGGAACCAUAUCACUGCAAGACAACUUCCAGACCCUCUUGUCUCACCUGAGCCUGACAAGAACGCUUAAAAUGUCCGUGGAGAGCUACUCGGCGCUGGAUGAGUCCUCUCUCCGAGCCCUGCUUGAUGGAACCGUGGAUCUGGACGAGAGACGCCUCAUCCGUUCAGCUCUCCGGGAGUUGAGGAGGAGGGAGAUCGAGGACAUGGAGGCCGCUCUGGUCAGCAAGAGAUUCCGACCUACACGUCUCAAACAGCAAGAGGACAAGGAGAACCAGCACAGGUCCGACUCGAGAGACAGCUUGGACAUUCUGUCACGAAAACUGCGAUCAAUCCGGGACAUUGAUGAGCUCACAAAAAUGCUUCGUGCUGCCAGCGAGUACGAGGAGAGGAAGUUGAUCAGGGCAGCUAUCCGCCAAGUCCGAGAUGAACAACAGCAAGGAAAUGUGGAGCGGAGUAAAGAGUCUGGUCGCUGCCUGGAGCCUGAGAGUGUGGAGCCUCACAACAGCAUGGGGACAGGGGAGACAGCGCGGGAGAGUCUCAGUGAGAAAGACCACACCCGAGCUCAGGUCCGAGAGUUGCGUGGUCAGCAGACACAACAUAGCAGAGAGCUGGAGAAAACAGGCUCCAACUCAGACAUGGUGUUGGUUCUUGACCACCUGGUGAAGGACGAUGACUCUGGACCUCUGCUGAUCCAGCCUCAGAGGGAAGCUGUGACCACAGAGCCUGACGUGGUCCUGUCUCACCGUCAAAGGUCGGACUCCUCAGCCUCAGACCAUAGUGUGACCUCUCUGCUUUCCAGGUCCAAUCUGGAUUCAGUGGCCCCAGAGAAGAAUAUGGGCUCAGCCUACAGAGUCCGCCUGGACUCUGGAGCCUCAGACAAGAGCCAGAGUUCCUCCGAGCGUGGCCGGCUAGACUCGGGGGCAUCAGAGCAAAGCAUCAGCUCCCAGUCCCACGUCAGACAGAGACUGGGCUCAGAUACCUCCAACUCUGGCAUCAGACCUCGCUCAAGCUCUGGGGCUUCAGACAGCAUUGAUCUGUUGUCAAGGAAACGGACUGACUCAGGGACAUUUGAGCAGAGCGUGAGUAUAUCUUCUGAGGAGAGGGAUCCAGUGGAGGAGGUAGAAGUUACCACAAGUGGUUCAACUUGCAGCACAGAUUCAGACACUGAGAGCAGAAGCCAAGGUCCAGCCAGUCUCCUGGCUCAGUCCAGUCAGGACCAAGUUAUCGAUCAGGAGCAGGCUGAUGGAGCUCUUUUAUCUCGCAAUGAUCCUGUAUAUGGCCUGCUCAACGGCACUGCUGAGGGAAAAAUGGACUUCCAGAAAAAAAAGAUAACGGUUAACAAUGGUUUUCCCCUCACUCAUGACAAAGGAAAGGAGUCUGCACCUGAGAAGAAAGAUGUUGUACUGGAACAAUUCAUCCGUACCAACUCUGUACGCGAUCGAAUGCGCAAGUUCACAGAGCCCACCCAGAGCCCAAAUGUCCCAGCUUUGAAGAAAGUUCAUCUGAAGAGUGGGACAUCCUCCUGCAGCAGCGGCCAGAUGAAUCUCUCCAGAGCUACUGAGCUGUUUACACACACAGCAGCAUCCCCCAGCACAUCUGGAGAUGGGCCAGCAAGGCCACGUGUGGACUCCACAUCUGACGCCUCCACAUCUCACAGUCAGGCCACACAUCAGCCAAGAGGGGUGGCUAACAAACCCCUGUCUUCAGCUAGCCAAUCGCACAACUGCAUGGGUGGGACAAGGCAUCCAGCUGAAAAAGAUGUGCACGGCUCCAGUAACUCAAAGGAAGAGAGCAUCCCGGGGAGAACAGCUGGACAGCAGGUCACCCAGGGAGAGGCAGAUCCAGACAUGAAGACUUUCCUCACCAUUGAGAUCAAGGAUGGGCGCACCACCGCCUCCUCUACAUCCUCCUCUAGGGGCAACAUCAUCCCCAUCACCAGCAUGACCCCACGCAUCACCACUAAUGCUCUGGGGCAGAGGGCAGAGUUGACCCUUGGCCUAAGAGCAACACCAUUCAAGAUCUCCUCAUCCAGCCUGUCCUCCGGAUCCUCCAUCAAGAUGGAAACGGAGCCUGUUAUGGCCUCUGAGCCGGUGUUUUCAGCCAGACCGUCUGUCCAGGUGGCGUGUCAAGUCCCAGCCAUCCCCAAUGGCUCCGGCACUCAAACCAAACUCGACAUACACUCCGGAAAACUGACUUCUGAACAGCUGGCUGCUAUUGAGGAUGAGGAGCUCCUGGACAAAAUGCUUGAUGAGUCAAAAGACUUUGAGGAGAGGAAGUUGAUCCGUGCUGCCAUGAGAGACCUUCGCAAGAAAAGGAGAGAGGCCAAGCUGGGAUGUACUCAAGAGGAAAUAGACCAGAGAGAAAAGGAGCGCGAGACCCGCCUGCAGGAGCUCCGGCAGCAGAGAGAGCAACAGAAAGGCCGCGCUGGGCUCGGAGCGGGAGAGCUAAUGAUGAGAAAGGUGGAGAAGUCGGCGGAUGGCUCCACCCUCAGUCAAAUCACAAAGACAGACCGCUUCGCUCAGUCUGAUGAUGGGAGCAGAUCAACACGCAGUACUGUUGUCGAGGCCAGUUAUGUGCAGAAAACAGACAGGGGGACAGUCCAGUCAAAAUCAUACAGUUUCUCCUCCUCUUCCUCUUCCUCUUCCAUGAACACAAGCAAAAAAGUGGGCAGUGUGUUUGAUCGUGAGGAUGACACGUCGUCUCGCAGCAGUGGGAUGGCAGCCGUGGAGCGAAGGCAGGCAGAGAGGCGCAAAGAAGUGAUGAGAGCUCAGACUCUGCCAAAGACUUCUGCCAUGCAAGCCCGCAAAGCCAUGAUGGAGAAGCUGGAGAAGGAGGGAGGCAGCUCUGGAAAUCAGGCUGUUGCCAAAGUAAACAAGGUCCAGCGUUCCACCAGCUUUGGUGUGCCCAACGCAAACUCCAUCAAGCAGAUGCUGCUCGACUGGUGCCGUGCCAAGACCCGUUCAUAUGAGCAUGUGGAUAUUCAGAAUUUUUCAUCUAGCUGGAGCGAUGGCAUGGCAUUUUGUGCCCUGGUGCACCAUUUCUUCCCUGAAGCCUUUGACUACAGCUCCCUGAGCCCCAGCAAUCGCAGGCAAAACUUUGAGGUGGCCUUCAACGCUGCAGAGAAACUUGUGGACUGUCCUCAGCUGUUGGAUGUGGACGACAUGGUGAAGCUGCGUGAGCCGGAUUGGAAGUGUGUGUACACGUACCUGCAGGAGUUCUACAGGGGUCUGGUGACGAAAGGCCUGGUUAAAACCAAAAACUCCUCCUAGAGUCGCAACCCACCUAAAACUGAACCCAUGGACCUACGUCGACUGCAUGCCUUUGCUGGAAGUGGAGGACAUGAUGAUCAUGGGUAAUAAACCCGACUCCAAAUGUGUCUUCACCUAUGUACAGUCACUGGUCAACCACCUGCGCAGAUACCAGAUGGCCAUGGGUCAGCCCUAUGACCUCUGACCUGUACACGGUGAGCGUCCAGCCUUGACAUGGCGUCUUCCCCCCUGGCCCCUCCCAGGCUUCACCUUCGCAGGCUGGGUCACAGAGUUGCACCUCUGAUGGACACGUUGGGGGUAUUGUGUUAGUGUGUCAGUUAGCUUAUUAUCUUUAUUGGCAGUGGUGAUGUGUGUUCAUUAUUUCAGUUCUCUUCUGGACUCGCAUCGGUCACACAAAGUCCACCUUUCUCCAGAACAAGAGCACCAGUGGGUUUUGUUUAAUGACUACCUAUUAAGCUUUAAGAUUUUGCAUCAUCUUUUGUACUCAAACUUUGUACCAGGGGAUAUGAAUGAGCAGCAGCUGUGUCACUAAGCCAGUGUACUGAAAACACCUCAAGAGGAAAAAGAAAUAUUUUUAUAACAUUUCCCCUUUUAAAUUAUUUAUACAUACAGUUUGCUCUUCUACACUUGUGUAAUUAUUGUAAUUUGUUAUCUGUGCUGUUGGUAAUUCCACUGAAGAAAAAAAUAUACGCGACCAUGUAAUGCAGUAUUUGGUUUUCAUUUUGGUACAUUUACCCAGCUCUGGUUGCUUGAAAUGUUAAGUAAGUUAUUAAAAUUCUCAUAAUCAGUUAGCAAAUUACUAUUUAAUACAUAAACCCAGGGAUGUUUUUUUCCUCAUGGUUCAAAUGGAUGCAACACGGUUACUGUUGAAUUCCAGCACCGAGUAAUCUCACCUGUCUGAACAGUGCUACUGAGAACAUGCUAAAGAUUUCUAUCUCUCCUGGAUCAUUGUAUCAACAUUAUAUUAUUCUAAGAAGAAAAGAUGCUACAUGUUUUUUUUUAUUCAGGUAAGAGCGCACACACGAGGAGUGUGUUGCGGUCUGAUGUCAAACAGCUGAACGGUAUCAUUACUUGAUGUUUCUUACUGACCGGCUGCAUAUGUGCAAAAAAACAGCAUAACUGCUUUGCCACCAUUGUCCCCCUGCAUCAUUGCCUCACCUUGCCACACACACUCACAUAGCUCCAUAUUAAUGCUUGAGUACAUUUGUUUUUAAUCUAUUUUUUUUUAUUUUGUUACUGUGUACAUUAUGUUUUUAAAGUAAGCGAAUAAGCUCUAGCUGAAACAAAUUGGGUUAGUUUGUGGACAUGGGUCUCAUGAAAGCCGGCUUUCAGAAUAAACAUGAGUAAUCGUGACAUAACUGUAGAUUUUACAACAAGAUGCUAGGAAAUAAGGGCUUUUAUCCUGCUUAUAAAAUUUAGGUUCCUUUUGAUUUGGUGAGAAUUGUCUGUUAAAGCUCAGCUUUGUUAGGUUUAGAGAAAUGAUCUGAGAAUUGUUCCACUACUGUCAACUAAAAAAAAAAACUAAUACUGUUCAUGAAGCAGCAAGUGCUUUCUGUAAGAACUUAAACACGUUGAAAUGUCAUGUUUCUGUGCACCACAGUUAAAUGUGAAUUAACAAUUAAACCAGUUUAAGAAAUGAA